AUGCCGCAAAUUUGCGGUGAAGCUGCGGUAAAUUUGCGGCAAUGUUGCGGUGAAAGUACGGUAGUUUACGGGCGUAGAAUUUCCAGGAGAAUUAAUAAAAGUAGUGAGAAUAACGGUGACAGUGAUGCUGACGGGAAUACUGGUAGUGACAUUGAUACUUACAAUGACACUGACAAUGACAUGGAAAAUAAUGAUAAUAAUGAUUAUUAUCGUCAGAUUGAUAAUAGCGGUGAAAGCGACAAUGUUGAUGAUGAUGGUAGCAAUGGUGACGAUGAUAAUCAUGAUGACGAGUUAAAUGAAAUAAUAAAAUACGGAAUUGAUAUUGAUGAAGACUUUCCACAGUUUCGAUCAAUAACGCCAAAAGUUGGUAGAAAUAAUACUAUAGAUGAAGAUUAUAGUAGUGAUGAAAAUGAAAAAGGAACAAAUAAAUUGAAAAUAGAUGUUUGUAGUAAAGAAGCAAAGCUACCAAAUCGUCAAACGACUUCCAUACACGAAAAUUUUUAA